UUAAAGAGAGAAUGGGCGUUAGUUUUGUGUUUUACUUCAUCCUGCAGCUACCAUGGCUUAUACGACCGGUAACAUCGCUCGAAGCAGGCGAUUCUGGGUGUAGUGAAACAUGCGGGACUGUUUCUAUUCCGUACCCAUUCGGAAUAAAAAGGGGUUGCUAUGCCUAUAAUAAUUCAUGGUUCAGAGUAACUUGUAAUGAAACCGCUGAUGGGCCAAAACCUUUCAUCACUCGCAUCAAUCUGGAGCUACUUGGUAAAUUUUGGCUGGACAAUAAAGUCGUCACCAUCAACAAUCCGGUAACUUAUCUAAAUUGCGGCGAUAAAGGAGACAACAGUACCAUUUCUCCAUCAAGUGUCAACCUACAAGGCACCCCGUUUUUCUUCUCAAAUCAACACAACACAUUCGGAUCUAUAGGUUGCGGCAAUCUGGCUACAGUUUUUCGCAACAAUCAAAUCGAUCCAAUCGCUAGCUGCGUACAGCACAGUUGUGGCGACCCGAGUUUGGGGUUCGGUGGCUGUUAUGCUCUAAUUUCGGAACAGCUCACUUCCUAUACAACAAGCAUAGCAGAGGUGAAAAACCCUGCAGGGAGAAAGAGAUGUGCAUCUGCCUUCCUGUUUGAUUCUAACCAAUUACCAUCAUGGAAGAUAAGCAUCAAUACCACGCAUGUUCCUGCAAUUCUCGAGUGGAAUCCAUGUGAUUUGGAAGCCGCACUGUGCUUUGACGUAGAUAAAAGUGUAGCACUACCUUACAAGCGUGAUGAUUGUAGCAGAAGUUGUGGGAAUUUUGAUAUCUCAUACCCAUUCGGAAUAGAAUCCGGUUGUUACAUGAAUGAAUGGUUUAGAGUGACUUGUAAGGAAACUACUGAUGGGCCAAAACCUUACAUAAGUAGCAUCAAUUUGCAACUACUCAAGAUUUCAUUUUCCGAUAACUCCGAAAGCACUGUUGUCGUGAACAAUUCAAUAACUUAUUUCAGUUGCCUCGACAAAAAUGGAGAAACUAAUGGGGUUAGUGUCAACCUUACAGACACCCAUUUUUCCUUCUCACAUUCUUUCAACAGAUUUGUCUCUAUAGGUUGCGGCAGUUUAGCUACUUUUCUUCGUAGUCCAAAGGAUAAUUAUCCUGCACGUGGCUGCCAACAACCUUAUUGUGAUGAUUCUGUGACUUCCAAUGCUACCUGCUCCAUUGAUAUUCCUACGGAUCUAAGAUCUUUCGCGGUAAACAUGAAAGAGAUUAAUCCUAGUCAUAGCAGCAGACGAUCGUGUGGAUCUGCUUUUGUUGUCGAUAAACGUUAUCUUGAGACAAUAAAUUCAGACCAAAAUGACACAAGCAAUUGGACGUUGACGCACGUUCCCACAACACUGCGAUGGGCCACACUGAAACGUGGGAUUUGUAAUUGCAGUUCAAAUAAUCUUUCAAGCAUCAAUAAUGAAUACUGUUGGAAAAACUUGGGCCAAAGCUAUCUAUGUGUUUGCACAAAUGAGGACGACAAUAACUUUUCUACUGAUAUAUGCCAAGAUCAACCAUAUACAUGUACCUAUUAUAGGUAUUGUUAUAUGCUUUGUUUGGAUGCUCCUGGCAACAAGUGUUCGUCGUCGUCAUCAUGUCCUGAUGGAUAUCAGUACUCGGGAGUUAUGUGUGAACCCAUAAAAUUGACAGAAAAGUCCAAAAAACAUCAAAUUUCGACUGUCAUUAUAGGUUGCAGCACAAGUUUGGGGACACUAUUUGCACUACUUGGUACAUGGCAUUUGUACAAAGUACUAGAUAGAAGAAAAAAAUUCAAGCUAAAGCAAAAAUAUUUUAGAAGGAACGGAGGGUUACUUCUACAACAACAAUUAUCUAGAAAUGAAGGUAACAUUGAGAAACUAAGGCUAUUUGGUUCGAAGGAGUUGGAAAAGGCAACGGACCACUAUAACAAGAAUCGAGUCCUUGGUCAAGGUGGUCAAGGAACUGUUUAUAAAGGAAUGUUGGCGGAUGGAACCAUUGUCGCUGUUAAAAAAUCUAAAUUGAUGGAAGAGAAGAUAAUAGAUAAAACAAAGCUUGAACAAUUCAUAAAUGAGGUGAUGAUUUUAUCACAAAUUAACCAUAGAAAUGUGGUUAAGCUUUUAGGGUGUUGUCUAGAGACAAAAGUCCCUUUGCUAGUGUAUGAAUUUAUUCCAAAUGGGACACUUUAUCACUUCAUAAAUCAGCCAAAUGAAGAGUUCCCGCUGAUAUGGAAAAUGCGUUUACGGAUUGCAAUUGAAAUUGCAAAUGCUUUAUCCUACUUGCAUUCAGCUGCUUCUAUCCCUAUUUAUCAUCGAGACAUCAAAUCUAGCAACAUACUUUUGGAUGAUAAAUACAGAGCAAAAGUGUCAGAUUUCGGAAUAUCAAGAUCGGUUGCACUUGAGCAAACUCAUGUGACCACUCGAGUACAAGGAACUUUUGGAUACUUGGAUCCAGAGUAUUUUCGAUCAAGUAAAUUUACAGAAAAGAGUGAUGUGUAUAGUUUUGGAGUUGUUCUUGUUGAACUUAUAACAGGACAAAAACCCAUCAGUUCAAGUGAAUCAAAGGAAGUGGUGAGAAGCUUGGCAAAUUUUUUUCUGCUCUCAAUGAAGGAGAAUUCCUUGCUUAACGUUGUUGAUCCGAUGGUAAUGAAUAGUAAUGCAAAAGAAGAAGUUGUAGCAGUUGCUAAGCUAGCCAAAAGAUGCUUGAAUUUCAAAGGAAAGAAAAGACCUACAAUGAAACAAGUUGCAUUAGAGCUGGAGUGGAUUAGAUCAUCAGAAGAAGCUAAUGCCAUUCAACAAAGUGCAGAUGAAGAUUCUAAUACGGAUGAAAUGACCGAAGCUUUGGGUGUUGCUUCCUUUUCAACGUCUUGUUCUGUUGUAAAAGAUAGUGUAACUUUGUUCAUAGAUACCUAGUUUUAGUUAUUUAGCUAUAUUCCUGUUAACAGUAUCAUUCGUAAAACCCUGAUGAGGAAAGAGGUGCAUAUCAAUUUCUUUUUUUUUUCUUUUGAGAUUUGAGUCUAGCUUUUCAAUGAUGUCUUGAGUGUAUGUUGCAUGUGGAGACAUAGAUAACUGGUGAAACGGUAGGGGAAGUGAAACCAGUCAGCAGCAUGCACCAAAGAAAAGAAGCAAUGGCCAACCAUUUUGAUUGUUUUAUUGCCCUACCAGGUCCCAUCUACCCUUUUAAAUAUAAUAUCCAAAUUCAUACGUACUUUACCUAUUCUGUCCAACAAAUAUAACCAAAAAGUGCUUACUUUGUUCUCUUGUUGGGUAUCAGGUGGGUAUGAAACUUUGGAGGAGUUACUGGAAGUGAUAGCCUGGGUUCAGUUGGGUA